CGUCGUUUUUGUAAUGUAUACCUCGUAUUUAUGCUUCAAAAUUUUUAGUAGAAACUAUUUAUACCAGUUUAUAAAAUGAUUAACUCCAAGGAAGGAAUAGAGCCCAGGCUUGUCAUUACUUAUGCUUGUCUAGGCUCCAAACUAUACCGCUCUUUGGUCACGCGACCAACCUUGUUUAGCAACACUAUCUGCUACUACAGAAUAACUCUAAACUCUCAGAAAUGCCACUUUUGUGCUUCAAAUGUGUGUUUAUCAAAAACAGACGUGUAUUUGUAUGUGAUCAGGUCUGCUAAACUAGGAGGCACUCAGCUUUUAUGUCAGCACUGACCGGGGGGUAUAUCCUUAAUUACCUCCUGGAAGUAUGGACAGCAAUCCUGUAACUGAGGCAUGGGAAAGAUACACGGAACAAG